AUGUUAGGGGAUGUCUAUCAUGUCACAGGGAUACUUAAACUGCCUUAUGCUGAAAUAGAAGAGCCCUUUGAAGCCUGGUUCAACAAGACUGGAGGAAAAAGUCGGAUUCAGUAUUAUGAUGGCCAAGUUAUCACUUACCAGUUAGGCUAUGUCAAACCUUUUGGAGCCAACUUCAAGGUAACCCCAGAAACCACUGAAACAGAGGUCAAUAUUAAGGAAUGUUUUCAGAUCAAUGGAACAUCUGAGGAUCCUGUUAGACCUCAAAGUGUGUUUCCUAACUUAACAAACUUCCAGCCUGUGAGGCAUGAGCAUUACAAUGGACAAUAUUGCACAGUCUUGGAGAGUGUAUCCUAUUGGGGUAAAAAGAAGAACACCUAUAAGUUGUGGGUGGCAGAUGCUUCCCGUGGGCCUUUGCCAGUCCAUUAUGAAAUGAAAGGCUACAACACUCUGCUGGGCUCUCACUAUGACAAGUAUGAGAUAGAUUACAUCAGCUACUCUCACAGUUUCUCACCCAGCAUCUUCAAUCUCCCUCCUGGCAUCAAGUGUGCACACUGGCCAAAAGUGGGACCAGAACACAGGAUCUUGGCCAAUCCAAUGCAGGAAUUUGUUGGGAGAACUGGAGAAGUCAGCCAACACCAUGAAUAUCUGUUUCAUCACUACAAGAAAAAAUUCAGAAAAACCUACAAGAACAAAAAAGAGAUAGAGCACCGGCGACACAACUUCAUCCACAAUAUGAGGUAUAUCCACUCCAAGAAUCGAGCCAACCUCUCCUUCAAACUGGCAGUGAACCAUUUAGCAGAUCAAACACCAGAAGAGAUGGCCGUGAUGAGGGGGAGGCUACAGACUGAUGAACCCAGGAAAGGAUGGGCUUUCCCAUCUGACAGCUACAGUGGUCUCACCUUGCCGGAGAGCUUAGACUGGAGGCUUUAUGGGGCAGUGACACCCGUUAAAGAUCAGGCAGUGUGCGGAUCCUGCUGGAGCUUUGCCACAACAGGAGCUCUGGAAGGGGCCCUCUUCCUCAAGACAGGAGUGCUCAACCCAUUAUCUCAACAAGUCUUGAUCGACUGCUCCUGGGGCUUUGGAAACCAGGCUUGUGAUGGGGGCCAGGAACCACAUGCAUUUGAAUGGAUUAUGAAGCAUGGAGGGAUUGCCAGUGCUGAGGCCUAUGGGCCAUACAUGGGUCAGAAUGGCUACUGCCACUACAACCAAUCGGAGCUGAUAGCACCAAUCGCUGGCUACAUUGCUAUUACCUCCCAAAACAUCACUGACCUUAAAGCUGCUCUGUACAAGCAUGGCCCCAUCGCAGUGAACAUUGAUGCCUCCCACAAGUCCUUUGCCUUCUACUCCAAUGGCAUUUAUUAUGAGCCUAACUGUGGAAAUACAACCAUGCAGUUAGAUCAUGCUGUCCUAGCUGUAGGCUAUGGAGACCUCCAGGGAGAACCCUACUGGCUCAUCAAGAACUCUUGGUCUACAUAUUGGGGCAACGAUGGCUACAUCCUCAUGUCCAUGAAGGAGAACAACUGUGGAGUGAUUUCUAGUGCCACCUAUCCAAUCCUGGCCUAA